AUGGUGACUGUUAGAUCAGUUUUUGCUUUGGCUGUAGCUCUAAAAUGGCAUAUACAUCAUAUGGAUAUAUGCGAUGCUUUCCUUCAAGGAUAUUUAAAAGAAGAGGCUUAUUCUGAUGUUGAUUGGGGGUUAUGUCUUACAACUAGAAAAUCAGUGAGUGGCUAUGCAAUGAAGAUUGGUGAUUCACUUAUAUCUUGGAAAUCAAAGAAGCAGUCUACUAUCUCUAGAAGCUCAGCAGAGGCAGAGUAUAGGAGCCUUGCUUCAACAGUUGCUGAAGUUGUUUGGCUCAUUGGUCUGUUUGAGGAAUUAGGAUUGUCCAUUCAGUUGCCGGUGGAGAUAUCAUGUGAUAGCAAGUCUACAAUCUGA